CUAGCCGCUACCUUCUGCUUCCACAACGCUCAAUAGAAUGGCAUCACGGUAGUCACGUGACUGCUGUGAUGUCAGAAAGUCCUUUAGAGGGAUGGAACCUAGCCUCUACCCUAUAGCUUCAGGAAGGAAGGAAAACCACAUUUGUCUGGCUCUGAGAUGUAAAGAUGGCAGGUCACUGCCCUCCUCCUUCUCCAGCUGUGGCGAAGACUAUGAUUAGUCUAGAGGGGUACUCCCCACUUCUGGCUGCAACAUUCGCCUACUGGGACAAUAUCCUGGGACCACGAGUGAGGCAUAUAUGGGCUCCAAGAACAGACCAAGUGCUGCUGAGUGAUGGAGAGAUUACCUUCCUAGCCAAUCACACUCUAAAUGGAGAGAUCCUGCGCAAUGCUGAGAGUGGUGCUAUUGAUGUCAAGUUUUUUGUCUUAGCAGAGAAGGGAGUGAUCAUUGUGUCAUUAAUCUUCGAUGGCAACUGGAAUGGAGAUAGGAGUACAUAUGGCUUGUCCAUUAUCCUGCCACAGACUGAACUGGAUUUCUACCUUCCUCUACACAGGGUUUGUGUAACCCGUCUCACGCACAUCAUCAGGAAAGGAAGGAUAUGGAUGCAUAAGGGCCAAAGCAUCAUUACCAUGCUGACUGGAGAAGUUAUUCCCAUUAUGGAGCUGCUUUCAUCUAUGAAGUCUCAUGGUGUUCCUGAAGAGAUAGAUAUUACUUCCACCAUCCUAAAUGAUGUUGAUAUUGGUGAUAGCUGUCAUGAAGGAUUCCUCAGCAAUGCCAUCAGCUCACACCUGCAAACCUGUGGCUGUUCCGUGGUGGUGGGUAGCAGUGCUGAAAAAGUGAACAAGAUGGUGAAGACGCUGUGCCUUUUUCUCUCUUCUGCAGAACGAAAAUGCUCCAGACUGUGUAGACCUGAGACUUCUUUCAAGUACGAAUCUGGGCUCUUUAUACAAGGGCUGUUGAAGGAUGCAACUGGAAGCUUUGUGCUGCCUUUCCGCCAGAUCAUGUAUGCACCUUAUCCUGCCACUCACAUAGAUGUUGACGUAAACACAGUGAAGCAGAUGCCUCCAUGCCACGAGCAUACAUAUAAUCAGCGCUGCUACAUGAGGGCAGAGCUUACUGCACUAUGGAAAGCUACUUCAGAUGAGGAAAUUACCACAGAUUCUUUUGUACACACUGACGAGAGCUUCACUCCUAACCUGAACAUAUUUCAAGAUAUCGUGCACAGAGACACUUUUGUAAAAGCAUUUUUGGAGCAGGUUUUCCAGUUAAAACCAGAUUUAUCCCUCAGAAGCACGUUUUUGGCACAAUUUUUGCUAAUGCUACAUAGGAAAGCCCUGACUUUGAUCAAAUAUGUUGAAGAUGACACACAAAAGGGUAAGAAGCCCUUUAAAUCUCUGCGUAGCCUGAAAACAGACCUCGAUCUGACAGUAGAGGGCGAUCUUAACAUAAUCAUUGCCUUAGCAGAGAAGAUUAAACCGGGACUCCACUCAUUCAUGUUUGGAAGAUCUUUUUAUACUAGCAUGCAAGAGAGAGACGCACUGACAUUCUGACAUCUGGACUGUCUGGAUAUAAAUGAUUAUAUAGUGAAUGUAGGGUUUGUUUGAUCAUGUCAUAUACAUUAUAUAUAAAGACAUUUUUUUUGUACCCCAUAAAGUCUCAAAAGUCUUCUGAAGUGAUGAUGUUUACAUUUUGUUUUUGUGGCAGUAUAACCAUGUUAUGCUUAUUAUGUUUGUACAUUGAAUAAAAAUAUGUUAUCAACAAUAAUAA